GUGCUUGAGAGACAGAUAUUUGACUUCCUUGGUUAUCAGUGGGCACCCAUCCUGGCAAAUUUUAUACACAUUAUUAUAGUCAUACUUGGCUUAUUUGGAACCAUCCAGUAUAGACCUCGAUACAUAACAGGAUAUGCUAUCUGGCUAGUCCUCUGGGUUACAUGGAACGUGUUUGUUAUCUGCUUCUAUUUGGAGGCUGGGGACCUUUCAAAGGAAACAGAUCUCAUUCUGACUUUUAAUAUCUCAAUGCAUCGUUCUUGGUGGAUGGAGAAUGGGCCAGGCUGCACCGUGACCUCAGUAACCCCAGCCCCAGACUGGGCACCAGAGGAUCAUCGUUAUAUCACUGUCUCGGGGUGUUUUCUUGAAUACCAGUACAUAGAAGUGGCUCACAGCUCUCUUCAGAUCUUCCUUGCACUGGCGGGCUUCAUCUAUGCCUGUUAUGUUGUGAAAUGUAUUACUGAAGAAGAGGACAGCUUUGAUUUUAUAGGUGGGUUUGACUCUUACGGCUAUCAAGGCCCACAGAAGACAUCUCAUUUACAGCUGCAGCCCAUGUAUAUGUCAAAGUAAACAUGGGGACUGCUCAACAGGGGCUGGAGGACCUGAUUAAGAAACUGUUUCAGGAUGGCCCCAUAGGUUCCACAAAGAGCAAAAAAACCC